AUGGAUCUAACAGGGUUUUCUUAUAUACUACUUCAUUAUUGUUCUUUGAAAUUACGUCAUUGUUUUUCUAACCCGAUACAAAUCGGAAUCAAUAUAAACAUCACACACUCAGCAGCGACCGACAAACUUUCAAAGAAUCCAAUCGAAGAAAGGGAAGCAUUUCAUAGUGGAUUGCUUCUAUUGCCUACAAUGAAUAGUAAUAGUUUUCCUAUGCCUGCUAUAGAUCUCACUGGGAAAUUGAUUAUAAAAGCCCAGUUGGGAAAUGAUAUUAGGAAAAUUCCAAUCCACAAUGAAGAAAUCACUUACGAUGAACUUCUUUUAAUGAUGCAGAGAUUAUUUCGUGGAAGGAUAAAGGGAUCCGAUGAAAUAACAAUUAAAUAUAAAGAUGAAGAUGGCGACCUAAUCACCAUAUUUGAUAGUUCCGAUUUGAUGUUUGCAAAAUCUUUAAACCGUUACUUGAAGUUAACACUAUUUGUGAAUGGAAAGCCGCAACCUUUAGAACAUGAUCAAAUAAAAGAAAUCAAAAACGAACUUUUGGAUAUGAGGGAAAAUAUUAACAAUCUGUUAUUGAGACUGGACACUUUUUCUGACGAACGUUCGUUCCAUGAUCAGUUUAAUGCACCUUCUCAAAAUACUGGCAGUAGCAAAAAUACCAGUCAAACACAGAACACAGUACCAAAACAGCUGGUACCACCACCUGACAGCAAAGUGAAUGCAUUGUUUGAUCCAUUGACGAAAAAACUGGAAGCUGACAGUACAACAAAUGACCCCUUUGAUGUCAUAGGUCAAAAUCCAUCGUCUGGGUCGUAUUCACAACCUCCAUCCAAUCCGCAGUCGCUAAGCUACAACGAAAAUCAAAAUUUCCCACAGCAACAGCACCAACAGAAUGGGUACCCAACGCAAGGUAGCCAACAGUAUGCUGCCUCUGCCCCUGUAAACGAUCAAACCUUCGUGCCACCUUCCUCUUAUCCCAAUCAGAGUCAAGGUAAUCAGAUCUACCAAACACAGCAGCAGAAACAACCGGCGCAACAACAACCACAAAGCAUGUACUCUACACAGACCUACCAGCAACAACCACCACUAUCACAGCAACAACCACCUCAAACCAGCCAAGGAUUUGCGCAACAACAACAACAGCAGCCAGGUUUCAAUACUGGUUACCAACAAACUGAUCCGUCCACGUCAAAUCCAUACAGAACGUUGUCGCCUGGAGCUGGGCGUUACCCUCAAGCUAGCCAGGCUUAUCCUGUGUACGACACACCACCAGCGCACCAGAUGCCUCAAGCCACUGGCCUACCGACGCUAGGCUAUCCUGGUUCUGGAUAUCAAUAAAAAUUAGGCUACUUUGUAUUGUUUCGUAAUGAUUUCUUUAGUUGAUAUUUUAUGUUGUUGGGUUGAACAAGAAUCACUGGAAACCAAAAUCUUGUCCUAAACUUUAAACCAAAUUUCAAACCGAAGUCGAUAUGUGUUUUAUAACAGGCUUUCUUAUUUUUUUUUAAAAUUUGGUUUUAUACAUAGUAUAUAUAAUGUAAAAAAAAUUGAAUUUUGCGUCUUUUUUUUCGGCUGCAUGAAAUAACUUUUCAUCUCUAUAA